CCAGCGGGUCCUGCGUUGGGCCCGGCCGCGGGGGGGCCUCCGGUGCGGGUGGGCGAGGGGGUUGAGGCCCAGAAACGGCAGCACGGGGAGUGCAGCCGAACCCCCCUGAGGCCCCGGUGGCGGCGGCAGCGGCUCCGCCAUCGCUGUCACUGAGGCGGCUUCCGGUCGCGCAGGAAGUGACGCGCCGGAGCCAUGCGGGUGUGGGCAGCGCUGAGGGCGGCGGGGACAGUGCCGGGAGGAUUCCGGGAGCGCUUCGAGUUCGGCGGCCGUGAUGUGGCCUCGUGGUUCCCGCGGCACAUGGCGAAAGGCCUGCGGCAGAUGCGCCUGGCGCUGCGCCGCGCCGACUGCCUCGUGGAGGUGCACGACGCUCGAAUUCCGCUGUCGGGCCGUAACCCCGCGCUGCAGGAGGCGCUGGGCAUCCGCCCUCACGUCCUGGUGCUGAACAAGAUGGAUCUGGCUGAUGCCCGCCGGCAGCCGGCGGUUUUGGAGCAGCUGAGGCAGCGGGGAUGCUCGCACGUAGUCUUCACUGACUGCCAGCGUGAUGUCAAUGUCAAGAAGGUUGUCCCCAUGGUUGCCAGGCUGGUGGCUGAUGGCCCACGGUACCACAGGGCCGAGAGCUCCGAGCACAACAUCCUGGUGAUCGGCGUGCCCAACGUGGGCAAGUCCUCGCUCAUCAACUCCCUGCGGAGGCUGCAUCUCAAGAAGGGCAGAGCCACCGCAGUGGGGGGCGAGCCAGGAGUCACCAAGGCAGUGCUGUCCAGGAUCCAGGUGUGUGAGAAGCCCCUGAUGUACCUGGUGGACACCCCUGGCGUGCUGCCCCCCAGGCUGGCAGAUGUGGAGACGGGCAUGAAGCUGGCGCUGUGUGGAGCCAUCCGUGAUCACCUGGUGGGGGAGGACGUCAUGGCUGACUACCUCCUGUACACCCUGAACAAGCAGCAGCAGUUCAGGGAAUGUCAACAUGAUGAUGCUCAACUACCCAGCUGCUGCCUACGAGUUUCUGCGGGACUUCCGAGCGGGACGCCUGGGCAGGGUGACACUGGACUGAAACCUGUCACUGGCCAGGCACUGCCUGCAGCCGAGUGGACUGGGGACACCCUGGUGCCCCAUGGAGCUGGAGGACGCCUCAGCAGGGAGCUAUGGGGUGCGAUUGAAGCGGCUCUACCCCCGGUUUUGGGCAAGAGGCCGGAGGCACAGGCUGCCCUGUGGUGUCGCUGUUGUGAGGCUCGCAUGGCGUGCUGUGCCCGCCCCGGAGAGCCCGGGGCAGGCAGGGCUGGUGCCUCCGGCUGGCACCUGGAAGCCGCCAGGGAUCUGUUUCCUCGGCAGCUAGCUGUUCCUCGCGGGGUUUAACCUGCUCUGGAGUCUCCAUCCCGAAAUAAAGCCUUGUGUGGGCAGGGGCCGGGCGCUGGCCAUCCCAGGGUCCCGCCCCUCGCCCCGCAUCCAGCCACA